AUUAUGUUAAACCAGAGCUUUGUCACUGAGUUCAUACUGCUGGGACUUUCACAGAACCCAAAAGUUGAGAACAUACUAUUUGUUUUGUUUUUCUUGGUCUACCUUGCAACUAUUGGAGGCAACAUAGUAAUUGUGGUAACAAUUUUAUUCAGUCCUGCACUUUUUGGCUCCCCCAUGUACUUCUUUUUGUCUUUCCUUUCAUUUCUGGAUGCAUGCAUUUCUUCUGUAAUCACACCAAAGAUGAUUGUAGACUUCUUCUAUGAAACGAAGACCAUCUCCUUUGAAUGUUGUAUGAUACAACUCUUCGCUGUCCACUUCUUCACUGGGGUGGAAGUGAUUGUCCUGUCAGCCAUGGCCUAUGACCGCUAUGUGGCUAUUUGCAAACCCUUGCACUACUCUUCCAUUAUGAACCAGAGACUCUGUGUCAUUCUGGUGGGGAUAGCCUGGGCCGGAGGCUUCUUGCAUUCUAUCAUACAAAUUAUCUUCACUUUGCAGCUGCCCUUCUGUGGACCCAAUCUUAUUGAGCAUUUCAUAUGUGACUUGUUCCCAUUACUAAAGCUUGCCUGCACCAAUACACACAUUUUUGUUAUUUUGGUGUUUGCCAACAGUGGUUCUAUCUGCAUCAUUAUUUUUUCCUUAUUGCUUGUUUCCUAUGGUGUCAUCUUAUUCUCUCUGAGAUCUCAUAGUUCUGAAGGUCGGCGUAAAGCUCUCUCCACCUGUGGGUCCCACAUUACUGUUGUGCUUUUGUUCUUUGUCCCUUGCAUAUUAAUAUAUGCACGAAAUAAUUCUGCAUUCUCAUUUGAGAAAAAUGUGUUUAUAUUUGCUGAUGUACUGACACCAUUACUAAAUCCUAUGGUAUACACUUUUAGAAAUAAGGAAAUGAAGAAUGCCAUCAAGAAAGUGUGGAGGAGAUUGUUUAAUAUUUCUGAUAAAAAUUAA